CUUUCUCCCGCCAGCCAAUGCAGUCGAUCAAGGCUGUCGUCGUCGGCGACGGUGCCGUCGGCAAGACGUGCCUCCUCAUCUCGUACACCACGAACGCGUUCCCCGGCGAGUACAUCCCGACCGUGUUCGACAACUACUCUGCCAACGUCAUGGUCGACGGCAAGCCCGUCAACCUCGGCCUGUGGGACACGGCCGGCCAGGAGGACUACGACCGCCUGCGGCCCUUGUCGUACCCGCAGACCGACGUCUUCCUCAUCUGCUUCUCGAUCGUCAGCCCGGCCAGCUUUGAGAACGUGCGCACCAAGUGGUACCCCGAGAUCUGCCAUCACGCGCCCAACAUCCCCAUCAUCCUCGUCGGCACCAAGCUCGACUUGCGCGAGGACCGCGACACGAUCGACAAGCUGCGCGAGCGGCGCAUGAGCCCGAUCGCGUACCAGCAGGCGGCCGCCAUGGCGCGCGAGAUUGCCGCCGUGCGGUACCUCGAGUGCUCGGCCCUGACGCAGAAGGGCCUCAAGAACGUCUUUGACGAGGCGAUUCGUGCCGUCCUGGCCCCGACGCCGCGCGAGAAGAAGAAGUCCAAGGGCUGCGUCAUCUGCUGA